UUUCUCUUCUCUUAGUUCGAUACGCACGGACACACACACUUUCUCACACUCACUCAUGCGACUCACUGGCUGUCGCCUGUGCACAAUGUUGCUUGUUGCUUGGGAAACAAUGUCGACGACUCGUUCUCGCCUGUCCAUGGAUUUGUUUCAAACAAAAGGUCCAUGCUUCGCUUCCAACUUUCUAGACGUACAAAGACCAGUCGUCACUGAUCAUCUGCGCCUGAUUGGGUUGGGCACCCCGUUUGAGAUGGCGUUCCUUGCAGCCCCUGAUCCCCUUUUGACUGGUGGCUGCCCCCAUCUGUGCCCCUGUCACCAACCAGAUGCCCCGCGCCAAUCGUUUCCCUUUGUUUCCACCGUUGCCGCGCCAUCUGCGCAAUCUCCACGAUGCCAAUGCCAUGCCUUUUAAAGAAGAGCCCGAGCCUCACCAACAGUGUAACAUAAGAAGACCCAUUUGGGAUUCUGUUCCUGACCUUCCCCUUCCUGGACCAUGCUACCCCUGGCGGAAUCGUUCGACUUCCAUCCAUCAUGAGCACCUACAUAUCCAGACCCCAAGCAAAGUAUGUACUUUCAAAGAAACAAAACAUCUUGUUUGCUACCUACCUACCUACCUACCUAGUCAGGCUGAGUCUGUCUGUCUCACGACUAUUACUUACAUGGGGCCAUGGUGGCCGCAGCUGUCGUCCGUCAGACUCGGAUAUAUGACUGCGACAUCAUGUCCCAUAUACUACAGUAUCGUCCACCAACAUGGCCAUACUCGGUCAAUGACCCCCUUUGCAUGUUUGUCUGUGGUUUUUGUUUUGGGGAACAUCAAGUGCUACCUUCCCCUUUUGUUGGUAUUACCUGGGUACCACCCUGCAAUUUCAAACCGCCAUCACCAAUUCAACCUCCAUAUGCAGGACAUACUUUACUGCGUGAUGACUUGGCCCCCUCGCCGGUUCCCAUUACGAACAGGUGAGAGAAUUCACGACUUCUUUGCGCCUUACCUAUUCCACAUUCGCUGGUUCGUCUAUGCUGUGCUCGACACCACAUGGCGGCACCAAACGCUGGUUGAAGGGUCACAAAAGAGGACAAUCGAUAAGACCGAGGCAACCAAAAGUGACCAACACCCCUUUCACGCCUUUCUUCGGAGAAAUGAGAUGCAACUGAAAGGAAUGGGAAAAAUGCACUCUACCUUGCCAUGUGGCGUGUUCACGUUCGAAUCAAAGCCCUCUCGUGGCUCGUUUACACGACAGGCCGAAACUUGUUUCUUUCCAUUCACCACUUGCUGCGAUGGAAUCUAGACCUUAACUGCUGAUCCUUGGCCAGGCACCCACUCGACUUUAUUGGUGAGCUCGGUGAGGUACCUCGGUGCUAAUAGCUAGUUGGUCAAGGCACAGCAGACUGACCGAUACAUCGUUGCUACUAUAGUGUGGCGAAGGCGAACGUCCCAUGGAAAGUGGUUCAUGCCUCAACACGAUACCGAGGACGGUAGUCGCCUCCCCCUUUUCCGAUAGAAUUUUGUCGUUGGCCCGUUGCACCACUUUUCAAGUCUGGGCGGGGAAGUCUCGGCUCUGGAUGGCCAUGACGGGGAAAAUCUCUUGUUUCGGCAGUGCUCCCGUUUCUCUGUUUUGCCUUUGACGAUGCACAUCGUCGUUACACGUGAUGCUUGUCCCAUGCUUCCUGACUAUUUUUUUUUUUUUUUCCUUUUUUUUUUUCCUUUUCUUUUU